AUGUCGACGCCAUGCCCCGACUCGCCGCCCGCUUCCGCCGUCCAGUAUGCCUACAUGUUUGAGAAGAACAAGGGCCCGACCAAGCAGCUCGACGCACUAUUAAGGGCCAUAGCCCGCCACACUAUCCUCGAGCUUGGCGACAAAACAGACACUCAUCUGACGCCCACCAAGCUGGCCGCCUUCUACCGGGCCGUCGGCGGCGACUAUGACGCCCUCUUCGUCGACAUGCCUCACCCUUCCCUCUCCUUCAUCUGGCAGGUCACCGGCUGCCAGCACACGCUCCAACCCACCCACGAUGACUUCGCCCCGCCUACCAUUCCCGCCCUGACCAUGCGAGGCUUCUCGCGCUGGGAGUCGCUAGAAAUCUUGUUAGGUCCCGAGGAGCAUGUCCCGUUUAUGCAGUAUGCCGUCAAGAACUGGGACCUAAAGCACCCAGAAACAGGCGAGGCCUUUCCCCCCGACUUGCCGGCGCAUGUGUUCCCCACUGAGACCGACAUGGACGUUGACCGCUGGCAUAAGUCUUGCGCCGCCAGACUGAGGAACGAGGCCGCUUCUUCGGCCGACGACGGGCCGCCGCCGAAUCCCGCUGGCGCCACCCAGCAGCCCGAGCCCAGGUUCACCUACGUUCGCUCGAAUCCGUUCCAGCCGGCGUCGCCACGCCCGAGGGCGGCGGAUCCAGAUUACUUUGGACGGCCAGUCUACGUCCACGUACCGGCAAGGCACGCAGGCCAGCGCCGGCCAGAUCGGUCUCCGCACCGCGACGAUGUCGCCGAGGAACGAAUGAGGCGCAAGAGCUUCUCCGACUACGCGUCCGCACCGCCAGAUGCCGAGCCGCACUAUCAAGGUGGUUCAUCUAGCUACCUCGACCCGGGCGUAAAGCGGUCGCCCCAGCCUCGGCGACAUAGCCACCCGAGACGCCUAUCGACCGAUUCGUCCGACUCGGAUUCGGCGCCUGUGCGCGUCGACUACGGCGCAAAGCGGAGGCGCCAUCCCGUCUCUCCCCCACCGCCAUCCUUUCGCCGAUUUGUGCCUCCUACCGCGCCGGUACCGCCGCCUGCCGCCCAGAAUAUACCAACCUCAUUCCGCCCGCACCGUUCGGAAAUGCGGUCGGACGAGGCCAAAAAGCGUAACGUGCCGAGCCCGCUUGGCUCUCUGCGCAACAAAUUGAGCGAGACAAUGUCAAACAUCUUGCCCAAUGGACUGACCUCGGAUCGACCCCGGCCCGGCUCGCGGCAAAACUCGGUAAACGAUGGUGUACACCCGCGGAGGAGUCGCGAGCCGUUUCAGCCCUCCCGCUUGAGUCAAAGCUAUUCUGACUUGGACUCGGACAGUUCUUCGGACGGCGGCCCCCCAGAAGGCGAUCUACGGAGGAGACGCAGGAUGCGAGACGAGCGCGAGCGGGAACGACUUCGGAGGGGGCAGACCCGCGACGUAGACCGAGACUGGGAGGAGGAACGGGACUCGGGCGGUCGGCGGGAACGGAUCCGCGUCCGGCGGCCGGACACGCAGCGGCGCACCAGCAGCCAUGCCGACAUCGACCGGCAGCGCGACGCGGCGGGGUGGGACCUGCGUGACAGGGACCGGGCGAGGGACGAGAGGAGAAAGUGGGAGAGGCGGUCACCCGAGGCAGCCAUGGCGCCCCCAACCACAGGCGUGGCUGGGCGACGAUACCCAGAGCCGGCGUACAGCUAG